CUGUUGGCGGAGAAAUGGAUUGUUGAUACCGUUAAUACAGGCGAUGUGAAGGGACGCGGGCACUGCUGCUGCGGGCAGAGACAGAGCACGCGGACAACGGGCGAACAUUACGAACAGUCAUCGUGUUUCGUUCUGGGGGAAGACAUCGAAAAAGCGAUAGCAGAAAGUCAUGGAGGAAGAGAAUCGCGAAGAGAAACGUCGUCUUUUCCAUCUUGCCAGCGUAUUUCCAGGCAUUCAUCUCGAUGUUGACGUUGUUGAUGUACCAACAGACACCCCCAGCAUUUCCAAAUUAGAUAUCUUUUUUUUGACUUGCUCCAUAGUUAUGCACCUUGUAGAUAUGGGUUUUGAUUAUAACAUCGCUAUCCAAUAUUAUCUUAGUGGCAAAGUAAUGUAUUUUGUUUGGACAAUGUGCCUCAUACUCAUUCCCUCCCUAAUCAACGUUGCCAUCAGCAGAAGAAUGCAGUAUCAGGAUAAACAAAUGAAUUCUGGUACAUCAGAUAUAUCAAGUGACAAUAAAACAACACGUUUGUUGAUUAAAAAUGGACUAUACUGCACGGUCUCUGUUUUCUUGCAACUGGCGCCAGUUAUACAUUACUGGGAAACUUUGAAGUGUGCUCUAAAAGCACGUAAAUGCGAGAAAUCUGGAGAUCGUAUCAGUGAGAGGAGAUAUUAUCUAAGGAUGCUCAAAGAGGAUCAAGAUGUUGCCUUGCUAAGAGUAUUUGAAUGUUUCCUAGAAGCUGCACCUCAGCAAGUUCUACAACUCUCACUGAUGCUGAAGCAUUAUCACAAUGAAAUUAAUCUUGAAUUUGUACACCAAGUAGCUAGUAUUGUCAGCUCACUUGCAAGUAUGGGCUGGGCAAUGGCCAGUUACCAUCGUAGCAUUCGAUUAGCUCAACAAAACAAGUUGAAUAUUGGUGUUAUGGGGACUGUGUUACAAUUUCUAUGGCACUUUUGUAUUACAGUGGCAAGAAUCUUAUCUCUCGGUGUUAUUGCGAGCAUCUGGCCUAUAUAUACUGUAAUCUGUUGCUUCAUACAUUGGAUAAUCAUGACAAUGUGCAUUUUGAUCGAAUGCCAUGGAGUAUUAGAAUUUUGUCGGGCCUACAGUCGUCCACCGCAUAUGCUGCCGACGUGUAAAGAGCGUAUUCAUUCUAUAUUAUUUGCCACAGUUAUUGGCAUAGUUCACAUUUUCAUAUACCUAAAUACUGUAGACAGCAAUACAUUUUGGAAACAUCUGUGUUUCUAUGUGCUUUGCUUUACAGAAAAUAUUACCUCGAAUCUAUUGUGGCGCUAUAGCUCUCCUCCUGAAGUUAAAGAGGCUUGGUACUUUAAUGUGUUCUUUAUUAUUUGUAUCGUCUCCUUUUUCCUAGGAGUUAUAGCGAUGACACUGUAUUAUACUACAUUUCAUCCCUCCAAAAAGCAACGUGCUUCAAGUACACUUCAAGUUCAAGCCAUGCAAUUAUAAAUAUUAUUUAAAGAACACUAAGUUAUAUAAUUAAUUUUAUAUUACAUUUUACAAAACAUCUUUUGAUAUAUAUUUCCAAAAGAAUGAAAAAGAAUCUCAAUAUUAACAUAUUUUUACUAUAUGUAUACUUCAAGCUCUCUCAAUAAGGUCUUUGUAUGCAAUACUAUUAUUCAACUUUCUUUUGCAUACAAUUUAGCAAAUGAAAUAAUUCAUAUGUUAUAAAUAUAUUGUUCAUAUUUUUACGAUUUUUUGAAAACUAUUAGUCUAAUACAUAAGCAAGGUAACAUUUUAUAAUGAUAUCUAUAACGUAGUUUUAAGAUAUUUCAUAGACUGUGCAAAAUUGUAAGCACAUGGCUGUGUUACUAUCGAUAGAAGCCAAGUAGAUAUUUUUUAUAUUGAAACUUUAAUAAGAAUUUUUUACUUUUUUAACUUAAACUAUAAGAAAAUAUCUGCCAGGGACAUAUGUAUGUAUGUAUGUAUGUAUGUAUGUACACACACACGUAUAACGUGUGUGUGUGUGUGUGUGUGUGUGUGCGCGUACGUGCGUGCGAGUGUGUGUAUAUAUGCUGAAAUACUAUGUACGAAUUUUCUAUACAUAUGAGAUAACUCAUUUAUGUGAUAUUAAUAUUAAAGACUGCAUAUUUUUAUAACAAAAGAAUACAUUUUCUGAAUAUUUAAUUAUAAAAAUAUUUUUCUAAUCAUUUCAGUAUAUUUUUCAUCUUUAAAUACGAAGAUUAUAUUAACAAGUAUUUUAUUACACGUUAAUUUUAAAAUAAUUAAAAAAUAGCCUUCCCUUAUAACAUAUACUAUGUUUACAUUUAUAAACAUUGAAAUUUAUAUUUUCUCAUUUCAUAAUAAAUUUUGUCAUUCUUAUGUCUAUAUUUUUUGUAAAUUUUUAAAAAUUUUGUACACAUUUCCAAACAAUAUAAUGAAAUGAAUAAAUACAUUAAAAUAAAGUA